UGUAGCAACACUCCUAGCCUAGUGUUACUAACAAAGAAGAGCACUGCGUGUAAAUGUAUAGACGCCUCUGUCUUACCUGUCCCAAGGCCGCAAGGUAACCACAAAGAAAAAAAAAAACAUGGGGGAACUAACAAAGGAGGUCACAAUUGGUGCAAGCCGGGGGCGAAAGGAAAACUAGUGGACAAUAUAUGUAUAUCUCUUAGAUAUGUAUAUAAUUAAAAUGCUCUAACCAUGCCACAGCAAAACCAGUCCACGAACCACGAACGGGACAAAAAGGAGAGAGUAAGGGACGAGUUAAACUGGCUUUUACGUGUGUGGCAGGCCUCCCCUGGCUGGAAACUGAUGAGGUGAUUGGUGGAAGCUGGUUGGUAGAGGCGGGAUGAUGAUGAGUUCUUAAUGUCUCGCACCUGCACAUAAAAGAGGGGAAACAAGAAGGCAGCCACACACAAACAGUGGCCGUAACACUCCCUAACACACUGCGGCACCGUGGAACGUGUGUCAGGGGUUGUUAACGAGGUGUUUGUGUCCCCAGGGAGAAGGUGGCUGACCUGUGUUACACAGCCGCCCUGGAGGACCAGGGGCCCCUCCAGACCACCGCCGCCCUUGAGGACCAGGGGCCCCUCCAGACCACCGCCGCCCUGGAGGACCAGGGGCCCCUCCAGACCACCGCCGCCCUGGAGGACCAGGGGCCCCUCCAGACCACCGCCGCCCUGGAGGACCAGGGGCCCCUCCAGACCACCGCCGCCCUGGAGGACCAGGGGCCCCUCCAGACCACCGCCGCCCUGGAGGACCAGGGGCCCCUCCAGACCACAGCCGCCCUGGAGGACCAGGGGCCCCUCCAGACCGCUCCCCUGUCCUCUGCCCAGAGCAGACUGGAGCAGCAGGAUCUCAACCGGACCCCAACACGAGCACCCCCCGGCGGCCCCAGCAGGGGCCCCCAGCCCGGGCCGGGCCCCAGCAGGACCCCCGCCCAGGCCUGGGCCCCCGGGCCGGGCCCCAGCAGGACCCCCGCCCAGGCCUGGGCCCCCGGGCCGGGCCCCAGCAGGACCCCCGCCCAGGCCCCCGGGCCGGGCCCCAGCCGAGACACCCUGGAGUACCGUACCGCUGUGGAGCUGGAGCUAUGGAAGGAGGAGCAGGAGGACGCCUUCCUCCAGCAGCUGAGGAGAAAGGAGUCUAGUCACAUGCAAGUGUUGGCUGAAGAGUGGAGGAGACGAGACGGCGAGAGAGAAGCUCUGGUCAAGAAGAAGGAAGUGGAGUAUAACCAGUUAGAGGAGCGUCUGCAGAAGACUCUAGAGGACCUCGAGAUCAGAGAGAAACAGCUGGAGCACGCUCACAAGGAGAGCCAGGCGGUGGGCCGGGACCUCCGGCUGGACUACGAGCUUCGGCAGCGGGAGCUGCAGGAGAGGAGCGGGCAGCUGGCCAGGGAGUACGGCCAGCAGGGGGCGGCAGAGCGCCACCGCCUGGGCCUGCUGGAGGCGGAGAGGAACCGACUGCUGCAGCAGGUGGAGGAAGGUGAACUGCGGUACCAGGCCCUCCAGAAGGAGUUCUCCGUGUUCAGGGAGCAGCAGCACUGCAGACCAGAGGCCCGCCUGCAGUCAGAGGUCAACCUCCUGACCCUGGAGAAGGUGGAACUGGAGAGGAAGUUGGAGUCGACCACCAAGUCCAAACUCCACUACAAGCAGCAGUGGGGGCGCGCUCUGAAAGAGCUGGCCCGCUUCAAACAGCGGGAGCAAGAGAAUGCUCUCCAUCGUCUGAAGAGGCAGCAGGAGGAGUUGGAGGCCAUGAGGCUACGUUACCUAGCAACCGAGGAGAAGGAGGCGGUGCUGAGUGAGAGACAGGAGCUGGACAGCAUCCGCCACCAGCUGACCAGGUUUAAGCAGCAGGAGGAGUCUUCAGACCCCGCCCCCAGCGAGAAGGGGGAGGAGCAUCUGGCUCGGCUGGUGGAGGAGAGAGACUCCCUGCUGAGGACGGGCGUGUACACCCAGGACGACCUCAUCAUCAGCCAGCUCAACACACAGAUACACACUGCACGCACACACAGUACUACACACACACUAUAGACACACACAACACACACAAUACACACACUAACACACACAAUACUACACACACACACUAUACACAGAUACACGCUGUGACCACUAGGGGGAGCCCUGAACUCUUCUAAAGUCUUGGAAGCAGCUGUUUGUAGUUAAUAUCGGAGCCCGAAUCAGUCUGCACCAAGUGGGACUCUAACUAUUUAUUCUGUUGAGAUUGAACUUUGUUUAAUAAAGGAAUUAUUUAGAUGCUU